CCUGGCGCCUUCUUCUUGGGGGGUGGUGGACGGGGGAAAAGGUCACGACUUUGGUUACAAUCACAGCUCCAGUUCAUCGUAUUUCCCCUCUCUGCUUCUGAUACUCCGUCGUCGCAACCGUUGAUCGUUACCCUUUCGUAGCCGCCGUUUCUUGGAAGGCGACAUAAAGAAGAAACAAGAUGAUUAUGCGAUUCCUUACGGUGUAGUCACGGCGCUCUCAUCGUCAUUGGCUUUCUUUUCUACCGACGGCAAUUCGUUCUGGGGUUAGGGUUUUUUCUUGGCCCAAGAAAUUGUAGUCGGUCUAGAUAUUCAGGUUAGAUAGGAAAGGGUAUUCGACGGAGUUUCGAUCUCCAAGGUAAGACUUUCAUCAUCAAUUCGUGGCAUCGUCAAGGCUUUGUCCAUUGAUCGACGCAUUAUGUCUCGAGUAUAAAACAAACAAAAUUUUUCGAUUCUGUUAUUCAGGAUUUUAAGCUUGAGAAUUUGGUUUUAGGAUUAGGUUUAGGGUUAGACAUAGGGGACAAUCGCGAAUGGAAGCGUCUGCUGUUAGUUCGGACGCCUACAGAGGUUCUUCGACGAGUAGCAGUAGCAGCAAUUCAAGAAGAUAUGGAGUGCAGUUGUCUGCCUCCAACUUUUUCCAGUCUCCGCUGUCUUCAUUGUUGGAAUACUCGGGCAUUCUGAGAACGAGGCCAAGCCACCAGGAAUCUGAUAGCGUGAUGAGCAGAGGCGUCUCUGUUGGUUCCCAGGGCCAAGUUCAGAACGAUUCAGUUGUGGCUGGGAAUGAUGGGGAGGUUUCUAUUAGGAUAAUUGGAUCCGGUGAACACGAGCAUGACCGAAUUGGGACUGCUGGCCAGCUGAGGGGAGUGGCUGCACAGAAUGAAGUAUACCCGCAGCCUAUGGCUAGAACCGCGUCGACCUUAUCAGUGUUGUCGGCAUUGGGUGGUCAGGGAGAUUCGGAUUCCAGGAGUGAUCAGUGGUCUGGGGAGAGUGUCCCUCAAACAGUAAAUGGAGGAGUAGCUGAGGGGGCUGAUUCUGGGGUUAAUAGCAGGGAUUCGCCUUACCAGAGAUAUGACAUACAGCGGGCAGCGAAGUGGAUUGAGCAGGUCCUUCCAUGUUCUCUGCUUCUCUUGGUUGUUUUUGUUCGGCUGCAUUUGGAAGGUUUUUUGGUUACCAUUUGGAUUGCUGUUGUGAUGUUCAAGUCUAAUGAGAUUAUACAGAAGCAGACAGCUCUGAAAGGUGAGAGGAAAAUAUCUGUUCUCAUUGGCAUCUCUUUUGUGUUUGUGCUUCAUGUGAUUGGUGUGUACUGGUGGUAUCAGAAUGAUGAUCUUCUGUAUCCACUCAUUAUGCUUCCUCCGAAAGAAAUACCACCCUUUUGGCAUGCGGUGUUCAUCAUUUUAGUGAAUGAUACUUUGGUUCGUCAAGCAGCAAUGGUUCUCAAAUGUUUUCUACUAAUGUACUACAGAAAUGGCAGAGGCCGAAAUUACUGUGAACAGGGUCAAAUGCUAACUUUGGUCGAGUAUCUGCUGCUCCUUUACCGUGCCUUGCUACCAGCACCGGUCUGGUACCGCUUCUUCUUGAACAAAGAAUAUGGGAGCCUCUUUUCGUCAUUAAUGACAGGACUCUACCUGACUUUCAAGCUCACAUCUGUGGUUGAGAAGGUGCAAUCCUUCUUUGCUGCUUUAAAGGCACUAUCUCGCAAAGAAAUUCUUUAUGGUACUCAUGCAACUUCAGAGCAGGUCAGUGCAGCAGGUGAUCUUUGUGCUAUCUGCCAGGAAAAAAUGCACGCUCCAAUCUUACUGCGUUGUAAACACAUAUUUUGUGAAGACUGUGUAUCUGAAUGGUUUGAGAAGGAAAGAACAUGCCCGCUGUGCCGGGCUUUGGUGAAACCUGCAGAUCUCAAAUCAUUUGGUGAUGGAUCCACUAGUCUGUUACUCCAGAUAUUCUAAAACCAAUUACCAUGAUGCCAAGGGAGCUUUCCUGCUUUGAAGAUUAGAUCAAGAUCUUCCCCCGAAAGCAGCCUGUCUCCUUGGUUGUGUAAAACUUGCAGAGCCUUGCCCGGCCUUGUUCUUGAGUUGCUGCUGGAAAUUAGGCAGGAGUCCGUGGAUGGAACUCCUCCCAGUGGUAAUAUGCUAGUUAACAUGCUGUAAUAUUGAAAAGAUUGGAGUAUAUGCUUAUGGCUUUGCGGUGUAAAUUUAGCAUCUUAAUUACUGUGACAUUUGACAUAGGUGAAAGCUAUUUGAAUGAAAAUGUACAGAGAUAUAUUGGAUGCA